AUGGUGGCAAGUACUGUUCAGGAGGGAACAGCUCCGUUCCAUUAUGCUAGUCUUCCCCAGCCUGCCCAAACGUGGUACCGGAUCUAUGGCGACAUCAAGGCAGGCACACCAUUAGUAGUCCUGCAUGGCGGGCCGGGCUUUUGCCACAACUACAUGCUGCCCCUGGCUGCACUGGCUUCCGAUCGUGCCGUGAUUCUAUACGAUCAGAUCGGAAAUGGAUUGUCCUCCCACUAUCUGGAGAAACGCGGCGAUCAGGAGUUCUGGACGGUCGACCUAUUCAUCGCGGAGCUGGAAAACCUGCUUCAGCACCUUGGUAUUGCAGGUCAUUUUGAUCUGCUGGGUCAUUCCUGGGGCGGAAUGAUGGGGAUGGAUUUCGCCGCUCGUCAGCCGGCCGGACUGCGCCGGCUGAUCCUAUCGAACUCCCCGGCCUCGGUCGCACUGUGGCUUGAAUCAGUCAACCGACUCCGCGCUACCCUGCCCCAAGAGAUUCAAGACACGCUGCAGAAGUGCGAAGCAGAAGGGCGGCUUGAUUCGAAGGAAUAUGAAGAUGCAACGGUGGAGUUCUUAUCCCGAUUCUGUUGCCGGACACAGCCAUGGCCCGAGGAGCUUAUGCAAAGUCUCGUCUGGACCACGGAGAAGGAUUCUACCGUCGCUGCCAGCAUGCUCGGUCCCUCCGAAUUCUGGGUCGAAGGGUCUCUUAAAAAUUGGAGCGCACUGGACCGCAUUCACCGGAUCCAGGUUCCCACACUGGUGAUCAAUGGUAAAUAUGAUGAAGCGCAGGACAGCGCCGUGGAACCGCUCUUCUGGGGUAUUGAUAAGGUGAAGUGGAUCACCUUGUCGGAAGGUUCGCACUGCCCGCAGUUCGACGACCGCGAGAAGUACCUGCAGGUUGUUGACGAAUUCUUGGGCCGCGCAUAG